AUGUCAGAUCUGCGCUAUACAAAAGAUGGAGUUCCAGUUUUCGAUGGUUCUCCAGAGCUGUACGUGGCAUACCACAGGGCCGCCCUGACCUAUGCCGAGACAGUGGAGUGGAAGAAAAGAUCGCUGGUAGGUCCUCGCCUCCAAGCAGCAUUGGAAGGCAGUGCAAAGCUGGCUGUGGAGCAUAUGGCUCCAGGUUGGAUUUCCCACGACAAAGGUGCUUCGCAGCUCUUAGCUUACUUGAAGAAACAAGUAAGGGCUCCAACCUUAGCUGAAGCAGGAAGGACUAUGUCACGAUUCUUCUACGGCAUAAAACGUCGGCGAGGUGAAGGGAUGACAGCUUGGAUCUUUAGACACGAUGAAGCGUUGCUGGAGGCCAAACGAACCCUUGCUGAGGCCAUCCACGAGUACGGCCCCGGACUACAGCCCUCAGCUCCAUUUUGGGGUCCCACCUGGAAGGGCCAAGGACACAAAGGAUCUCGGGCAAGCGCUGGAAGCAGAACCAGCGAUCGUGAGCAAGAUCUCCAAGGAACCGAUGCGGCUACUCCCGAGCCAUCAGCAGAGACAAGCACUGGACAGGAGGAACCAGGUGAUGGCGAGUCGCAGGCAUGGGCAGAUGAUGACUGGGAUACUUCAUCCAUGGUGGUCGUCAUGGUGGAGUCCUGGGCAGCAGCCUACCUGGAACUGGGACAUGGAGCUGAGCGAUUUCUUCCGGACUUUGUUGUGGCAUGGUUGUUGUUACAGCGUUCCGGUUUGGAUGCAACUGAACGCAGUGUGCUGGUUGCAAAUCUGAAGAAUGAUUUCAGCGUGCAUAAAGUCAAGGAGGCUCUUAAGCUCACCUGGCCAGAUGAAGAGCUGAAGCGUCGGGACUCUGGAAAGCAUUCAGCAAUGUUUACCGAGGAGGAGUCAGCCAUGUUGGCUGAUGACGACACCUGGGAGGACAUUGAGGCUGGAGAUUGGGACGAUCCGGAGGAUGAGUACGCUUACCAGGCCUUGGCCGAGGAAGCUCAGGAAGCCCUAGCAGCCCUUCAGGAUGCCAAACGCACUCUUCGCGAUGCCCGAGAAAAACAGGCUCAGAUGAGGCGCAAUCGGCGCUUCUUCCCUUCCAAAGGCGGAGGAAAAGGGCGAGGGGACCGUCCACCCCUCAAGGUCAACUUUGUGUUCACCACCAUUCAGGAGAGAGCUGCGGAGCCAAACUGGCUUGGAAGGAUGGAUGAGCAGGCACUGGCCGCUGAGGCUGCAGAGGAUCACAGUCUGCUUGCCCUCAGCCACAUCAUCGAGGAGGGUAAGGCCAUCACUGACCACUAG